AUGCCUGACCCUACAUCACCUCUUCAGGAAUCUGACCUCAUCUUCUCCAACGCAGCUUCGGGUUGGCACGACAUACUCGGCGAGCUUAAGCGAUCGAAUUUGUCAAUAUCGAACCGUCUUCGCUCAAUAUACGACGAUGCGAAAUUCGUCAAGUCGGUCGCAGAGGCUCUGAAGCUGCCACUCAUCGCAAACGAGCGAUGCGGCAGCUGGUACAUUCCGCCCGUGCUGAAGGCCGGAAGUGCAUACUUUAAAUCUACUGACGGACAUCAUGGGCAAUGGGCAUUCAGUCUACGAAGGCUAAAUCUGCAGGUGCUUGAUAUUAUUGGAGCACAUGACGGCUGUAUUAUAGUCGAUUCCACGCGGCGUGGCAAAAGCAUGCCAGAUGCGCUCUCGAAGACUGUUCCAAUCUGGGUCACAGUGCUGAACCGCGUCUUGUUUCCAGAGCGAACGGACGCGCACGCCCUGCGGACACCACCAGAGGUUGUCUCGAACUCUGAGCAUGCGCAAAUCGAUGAACAGCUACCUGCCUUUGCCGCAGACCUCCGCAGCCUGACUCUUGACACUGCAAGCCUGAGGUCGAAGUUGUGCAACAAGCCGUUGCAAGUACAAUGGCUCACUCCCGCACAACGUCCAGAUGCUGAUGCAGGAUCAGCGAACAAGAACUAUCAUCAAAUCGUACUCUGCACUGCCUCCAGCAGCGCAAGCUCGGCAGACCCAUAUGUUGUGGCUUCUCCGGACUAUGUGCAAGGCGCCGCAGACGACAGCGAAAGCUGGGCGUUGGGUCUGGAUGCAGUAAGUUUUUGGGCGCACGCUGCGGAGUUGCUGAAGACUCCCGGGGAUGAUCUGCCAGUUGUGAUCGGAGACUUGGUAAGCGGGCAAGACAAGACUAUUCACAUCAUUAACCCGAAGCUGGUCAAGCCGACGCGCAAUAUCUUCAUUGCGAACAACGCCUCUGCGCGGCAACAUCACCACGCUUUCGAUCUGCUCAUAUCUUGUGCAGCUGCCGACAAAUUGAUUGCUGGUUCAAGCAACGGGAAGUACAUCCAGCUGGUUUGUCGGGCCGGUAAACUUGGCAGCCGAGAUCUUCGAGCGCAACUUUCUCGGUUGCAGUUCAUUUCAAUGCUUGCGAAGCCAGACAGCAAAAUCCUGAUCUCGUGUGAUACCGGCAAAGAUCUAGCAGUGGGUGUUGCCCUUGCCAUAAUCUGUCGGCUCUGCAACGAGCAUGGCGACUUCGAUCCAGGACAUGAAUUGGUGUCCAUUGGAAAGACCCUGAUCAAGCAUCGCCUUAGCUGGAUUAUGUUGUCCAUGCCUGAUGCAGCACCGAGUCGCGCGACCUUACAGAGCGUGAAUGCUUAUUUGAUGGGCUGA